UACAGUCGUCCCAGGAAGAGCUCCGGACCACUGCGCGUCCUGUGCCUAAAGAUUGCGCAGAGAGAAGAGGAGUAAUGGGACAGAAAGCUGCAGGUCAGUUGGACACCUCCCGCCUCCUGGUCCCCGCUCUGCUCUUGUUGGGCUGGAUCGUGGGGUGUGCGGUGGUUGUCUACUAUGUCUUUUCUUAGGGAACAAGACAAUCAUGAGAUAAUGUGGAGGAUGUACCAGCAGCACAGAACUAAAAUGAUGACAUGAAGAAUGUGUGUGCAUGCAUGUACAGUAUGUGUAUAUAUAUGUGUGUGUUUACAUUUAAUGCUCCCAGAGCGGUAGAGCAUUAUGAUUUAAAUGACUGUCCUGGUUCCAUGAUGUAAUAUGUUGUUCCAGUACACAUAAAUAUCCUGUAAUGCUUGUUUGCACCUGCUAGUAAUACUCUGUUCACUCAUUUGUGAAGGUCGUAUGACAGUACACCUC